AUGAAUCUUUCACCCGCGCAGUCCAGUUCUAAGUGCAAUUCAGAUUUUAGUAUUGAGAGGAUAUUGAGUGAUGAUUCGAAUAGUAGAGAAGUUACCGAAGCGCCCAGUUGGGUGUGCUGCACGCGGUACCAACCGCCGCGGCUACCACGAACCACGACAGCGUGUCGGUCACGUCGGUCUGGUCGGCACGCGAGAGUUCCCUUCACGGCCUCGCAGGCAGCCGCGCUGGAGGCCGCGUACACGCGCUCGCCGUACCUAGCACCUCCCGCAUUACGAGCGCUCGCCGCGGCGUUGCAAUUGAGAGAUGACCGAAUUAAAAUCUGGUUUCAAAAUAGGAGAGCUCGCGAAAGAAGGGAAAAGAGUUCCAAUAUACAACCACCACAAAGCAUAGCUUUACCAUCGACCCACCAAAGAUUUUCGGUGCCAAGAGGGAUAUGGGUUACUGCUUCGUCUGCCAAAGUUGAGCAAGAUGUGAUAUCUACAGGUCCUGUGUUUCAACAACGAAUUGUUGAACCUCAAAUUAUAGACUAUGUUAAAAAUAUUUGCGCUCAAGCAGACUCAGGGAGCGACUCAAAUAAUAGUAGUCAUGACGCACUUGUGGAUGUUGAAGCCAUCGACUGAUAUCGCUAUUAGUUAUACAUUUAUGAUACAGGUACAUGACAUUAGUUAUGCAUCGCAAGGGAAAUUUUAAGGACAUUUUUGAAUGGUUGUAAUGCUAAAAUAUGAUAAAUGUAAAUAAAAUCGAUAAGGUACUUUUAAAUGAUGUAGAUAGGAAAGAAAAUGAGUAGUUUGUAUAUUCUGUGUAGUCUGUGAUAGAAACUUAGUGUUUAUAUUCAAAUAAAUA